CUUGCCCUCGCCGACCGCGUCUUCGAGGACGUUGCGCAAGCAAGCGAUCUAGACGCACUCGCUCAACCUGGAACAUGGACAGCAUUAGCAUACCAGCAAGACGCAAAGCACAUUCCUGUGUUUAGACGCAUUGCAUCAGCCAAGGUGAUAACAAAAUAUGCGAUGAAGCCACACGCAUUGGACAAGAUGAUCAAAGCACUUGUUCAGAGGGCGGGUCAUGAGACAACUCUUGCCGCUAUCUCAGAGGACAACAGACGGGCAGCGCAUAGCUAUCUGCGGGAGCGUAAAAAUUGAGAAUCCUCUACUGCUAAUUGCCCGCGGGCAAGGGGUCACAGUGCUCGAACUUCUCAAUACUUUCCUCCAUACACUGACCAACACUCCUUGGAAUGUUCCCUUCCUCCAUACCAAUGACGAGGCAGCAAGCGUAUUCCCCCUCAGCGAAGAGAUUAAUGCGCAGCUGAAGUACGAUCCAAAGCGCCUAAGCAUAAUCUCCUACCUGUAUGGCAUGUGCUGCACCUUCAACGCCGUUACAGACAUCCUGCUGCCCUUUACGGAGUCUGCUGCAACUGUUCCGUACGAGCCAUACUAUCCUGGCGCUGAGCCCGACCAAAAGGGAAACUGCCACUGUGGGCAGCCGCGUCCUUGGAGGGCAAAGAUGCACCUGCUUCGCUGCGCCCGGAAGCACAAGAUAGCGCUAGCUGAAGCGAACUUUGUCCAGGUGGAACCCUUCCAGUGUCUCUGGAAAUCUUGUUCCUCGGCCACUUGGAACACCGAGCCAGUGGCCUUGCCCCCUGGGAAUGCGAUGAAGGCAGUGAUGCAUGUCACAGAGCAUGUCUCCUCAGCCGAGAGCCAUUGUCUAUGGGACGGCUGUCGGACGCCGGUCCGUAAUGUCAUUGAGCUUCACAGACACCUCGAAGAAGCUCACAAUGUCUUUACUACAUUGACCGUGCCAACAAAGGCUCACUUCUGCAUCGAAUGCAAACAGUGGAAAGAGUCAGAUCUUGAUUGGUAUAUGCAUGCAGUACACCACACUACUGCCCCAGGAAAACUAUGUGGCCAAGUCACCGUUAACGGCAUCUUAGCAGCCCCGGGACGCUGCCCCUACUGCAUGAAGGAUGGGAUAUACACCCAGUUUGACCACACCCAGACGUUCCUACGGCAUGUUCAAAGGCAUAUCACGGCAGCCGAAGCCACCUCUACAUCACUUACCUGUCCUCAUCCUAGUUGCGAGACGGGAGAACUGGAUACUAGGACAAUCAAAAGACACAUCGAGGAUGUUCAUGGUAUUCGACUGUCAGCAUUGUAAGUAAGUCGAGUAGCGUAGUAGUAUACAAAAUCUAAGCUUCCUUUAUUUA